UCUGUGGAAAAGAAAAAGGAGAAAAAAAUGAAGUACAUAUUCUUAAUAUUUUUCAUGAAUUUAUUACCACAAUAUGCUGGGAAAUCUUUGAGAAGAGAUGACAGUUACCUGAAAACAUUUGAAGACAUUAAAAAUGAGAUAGCUGGCUAUACUGAUAUUGCUAAAGCAAUUAUUGAUCUUGCUGUACAUGGAAAAGCUCAGAACCGAUCCUAUGAAAGAUUAGCAGUUUUUGCUGAUACAAUAGGACCCAGACUCAGUGGUUCAAAAAAUCUAGAUGCAGCCAUCAAGUAUAUGUUCAGUGCCCUGCAGGAAGACAGGCUGGAAAAUGUACAUCUGGAGCCUGUGAAGGUACCACACUGGGAAAGAGGAGAAGAGUUUGCAAUGAUGCUGGAACCAAGGAAUCACAGCAUUGCUAUUUUGGGACUUGGGAGCAGUGUUGCAACUCCUCCAGAAGGAAUUACGGCGGAAGUUAUAGUGGUAGCCUCUUUUGAUGAACUGCACAAAAGAGCUCAGGAGGCCAAGGGGAAGAUUGUUGUCUACAAUGAACCUUUCAUCAGUUAUGGUGAAACUGUGCAAUACAGAUCACAGGGAGCAGUGGAAGCUGCUAAAGUUGGAGCAGUGGCAUCCCUCAUUAGAUCCAUUGCUUCUUUUUCUAUUCAUAGCCCACAUACUGGGUGGCAGAAUUACCAGUCUGAUGUACCCUGGAUUCCCACUGCUUGCAUCUCUGUGGAAGAUGCUGAAAUGAUGUCACGAAUGUCUUUCCGGGGCACUAAGAUCGUUGUGCACCUGAAGAUGGGGGCUAAGACCUAUCCAGACUCUCCUUCCUUUAACACUGUGGCAGAGAUAGUUGGAAGCAAGUACCCAGAGCAGAUUGUAUUGGUCAGUGGACAUCUGGACAGCUGGGAUGUUGGUCAAGGAGCUAUGGAUGAUGGUGGUGGAGCAUUUAUAUCAUGGGAAGCAUUAUCACUCAUUAAGGAUCUGGGACUUCGCCCAAAAAGGACUCUGCGCUUGGUGCUAUGGACAGCAGAAGAGCAAGGAGGAAUAGGUGCUGAGCAAUACUACCAGUUGCACAAGGAAAAUAUCAACAACUUCGAUAUUGUCAUGGAGUCUGAUGAGGGCACCUUCAAGCCAUCUGGACUGGGUUUUACUGGCAGUGCUAAAGCUCGGGACAUCAUGAAAGAGAUCAUGACUCUGCUGCAGCCCAUCAACGUUACGGCUGUUUACAAUGACGCAGAUGGAACAGACAUCAAUUACUGGAUGAGAGACGGGGUCCCUGGUGCCAGCUUGCAUGAUGACAUCAGUAAAUACUUCUGGUUUCAUCAUUCUCAAGGGGACACGAUGACAGUUCAGGAUCCAAACCAGAUGAAUCUCUGUGCUGCUGUUUGGACUGUUGUCUCCUAUGUAAUUGCUGACAUGGAGGAGAUGUUGCCAAGGUAAUAAAACAGCAAGAAAGAAGAUUUCUGUUCUUCAGUAAAGAUUGUGAGUCCACUAAUGCAUGUGGUCUACAGCUGUGGGAAAUUCUGUUUUUCACCCCGAUUUUGUGCAUUAUUGUGUCUGUUUUCCUCAAAGCACAUGCUCUUCUACAUGUUCCUGUUCCUUUUUGUUGUUUUGAUACCUUCCAUUUGUGAUUCUCACUUAAAAUUUCUUUCUUUAAGUGCCUUUAAAAUUUCUGACGAAGGUAUGAUACCUCUUUGACUAUGAUAUAAUAACCAUUUGUAUGCAAAGUGAUCCUGUGCAGCAGGAAGACUAUACUAAAUAAAUUUGCUGCAUCAGAAUAACUAAUAUAUUGAGUUAGUGUACACUUUUAUGGGCUUGCUUUCUGUCUUUCACUCUGCGCGUUAGAAUGAUGUACUAUUAAUAAAACAGCCCUUUCUUUUUACCCUCUUAA